ACUAGUCUAUGAAGGUUAGAUUUCCGCCAGUAGAGGGCGCUCAACCGAAGCAAUUACACACGAGUCCAAGAGAAGAAGAGAAGUAAGCGAGCCAGCGAGGGAAGGGAACAUAAACAUGUGAAGUGGAACACAGCCGUUGAUUCUGAUCUAAAUCUGCUGUUUUUUAGACUGAGAAGAAGAAGCAAGCAGGAGGAAUUACUCCAGGAGAAACUACUGACAUACUAUUGUAAAGAUGGAGUUUCAGGAAGAACCCUGCAAAAUAAAGGAUGAAGAUACAGAGGAACAAAUAGACCUGAUGGAAGUAAAUGAAGACAAACAGCAUCAUUUCACAAAUGAAGAUGGAAAACUGACAUAUAAAAAUGAAGAUGAACAACAUCUGCUUCAAAAUCCUCAUCAUUUCAAAAAUGAAGAUGGAAAUGCAGCCGUUUCCAAGACUGAAGAGAAUUUUACACAGAAACAAGCUGGAAAAUCUGGAGUCAAAAAAUCUUUAACCUGUUCUGAGUGUGGAAUGAUUUUCACAUAUAAAUCACACUUUAACAGACACAUGAGAAUUCACACUGGAGAAAAACCAGUCACCUGCUCUGAGUGUGGAAAGAGUUACAAACAUAAAGGACACCUUAAGGUACACAUGAUAAUUCACACUGAAGAGAGGCCUUAUACAUGCGCUCAGUGUGGAAAGAGUUUCUGUCGCAAAAAGGACUUAAAUGUCCAUACGAAGAAUCACAAUGGAGAAAAAAAGUUCACAUGCUCUGAGUGUGGAAAGAGUUGCAAGACUAAAUCAAAGCUUAACAUACACACGAGAAUUCACACUGGAGAAAAACUAUUUACAUGCACUCAAUGUGGAAAGAGUUGUGUACAAAAAGCAAACCUUAUAAGACACAUGAGAAUUCACACUGGAGAGAGGCCUUAUGCGUGCUCUCAGUGUGGAAACAGUUUCACAUCCAAAACCGCUCUCAAUGACCAUCUGCACGUUCACUCUGGAGUGAAGUCAUUCAGCUGCGAUCAGUGUGAUAAAACAUUUUUUGCAAAAUUAGGCUUAAGAAGACACCUUAAACUCCAUGCAGCUGUGAAGCCUCACAUUUGUUAUUUUUGUGGAAAGUGUUUUACACGACUGCAACAUUUAAAAGAGCAUGAAAGUAUUCAUACUGGUGUAAAACCUUAUAUGUGCUCGGACUGUGGGAAGACCUUCAUUACAUCAGGUGCAUUAAAAAAACACCAGAGAGUUCAUACUGGAGAGAAACCGUACAAGUGCUCUUCAUGUGAGAAGAGUUACACCCGAUUAUUUAAUCUAUGGACUCAUAAGAAAAAGUGUUGCCCAAAGUUGUCUAAUUAGCAAAUGUUCACGUUGGUAUGCUGUUAUUAUUUUUUUAAUUAAAAAUAAUAAUAAUCUG